CUCUUCGUCUGGAAUCUCCACCACAUUUUUAUUCUCUUCAAAAAUUAUCUGCUUCUAUUUUUAUAAUUAAGCAAGAACGGUCUUCGUAGCAUAAAAACGAGACACGGAUAUAGAGAUAUCGUGAAUUGACUUUUGUCUGACAAAUCCUCUUCGUCAAUUUCAGUGGCUCUGCUGCUUCCUUUGUUGUGAAGCCACAUAGAUUAGAUUGAGGAAUGAUCCAAACUCAUGUCAUACACACAUUUGUAAUCUGCUACACAAAAUACUUUUAAAAUCACACACACUAAUAUUUUAACUCUCCCCACUCUUUGCCUUGCCCUUGGCUCUAGAACCGAACGUGACUCUCCAGAUAGACUUUUGGAGUCACAACAUUGAGUUUGAAGAGGAGGGAAGAAGUGAGCUAGGGAUUGGUUCAGAGUGAACAUAAAUGGCUCUCAAGGCAUUAGACUACGAUACUCUGAAUGAAAACGUCAAGAAGUGUCAGUAUGCCGUAAGAGGUGAACUUUAUCUCCGAGCUUCUGAGCUGCAGAAAGAAGGCAAAAAGAUUAUUUUCACAAACGUUGGGAACCCUCAUGCUUUAGGACAGAAGCCAUUGACAUUUCCUCGCCAGGUGGUUGCGCUUUGCCAAGCUCCGUUUCUACUAGAUGACCCAAAUGUUGGAAUGCUAUUUCCAGCUGAUGCUAUUGCAAGAGCUAAACAUUAUCUUUCCUUGACUUCAGGCGGUUUAGGUGCUUACAGUGAUUCAAGAGGCCUUCCAGGAGUUAGGAAAGAGGUUGCUGAGUUCAUUCAACGGCGUGAUGGGUAUCCAAGUGACCCAGAACUCAUCUUUCUCACUGAUGGAGCUAGCAAAGGUGUGAUGCAAAUCUUGAAUUGUGUUAUACGCGGUAAUGGAGAUGGGAUUCUAGUUCCGGUUCCACAGUAUCCACUUUACUCAGCUACCAUAUCACUGUUAGGUGGUACUCUUGUUCCUUACUAUCUUGAUGAGUCUGAAAACUGGGGACUUGAUGUUGCUAACCUUCGACAAUCCGUUGCUCAGGCUCGUUCUCAAGGGAUAACAGUAAGGGCAAUGGUGAUCAUUAACCCUGGGAACCCAACUGGCCAGUGUCUAAGCGAAGCUAACAUAAGAGAGAUAUUGAAGUUCUGUUAUAACGAGAAACUGGUUCUUCUGGGAGACGAGGUUUAUCAGCAGAACAUAUACCAGGAUGAGCGUCCCUUUAUCAGCUCCAAGAAGGUUUUGAUGGAAAUGGGUUCGCCGUUCAGCAAGGAAGUUCAGCUUGUAUCUUUUCACACAGUCUCUAAAGGAUAUUGGGGUGAAUGUGGACAGCGAGGUGGAUACUUUGAGAUGACCAACCUCCCUCCAAGGGUUGUUGAGGAGAUAUACAAGGUUGCAUCAAUUGCCCUCAGCCCUAAUGUCUCUGCGCAAAUCUUUAUGGGUUUGAUGGUUAAUCCUCCAAAGCCUGGAGACAUUUCAUAUGACCAGUUCGCCCGUGAAAGCAAGGGGAUUCUUGAAUCUUUGAGAAGAAGAGCAAGGCUCAUGACAGAUGGAUUCAACAGCUGCAAAAACGUCGUGUGCAAUUUCACAGAAGGUGCAAUGUAUUCGUUUCCUCAAAUACGGUUACCAACGGGAGCUCUCCAAGCUGCAAAACAAGCUGGAAAAGUGCCAGACGUUUUCUACUGUCUCAAGCUCUUAGAAGCCACAGGAAUCUCCACAGUACCUGGCUCUGGAUUUGGACAGAAAGAAGGUGUGUUCCAUCUGAGGACAACAAUCCUGCCAGCAGAAGAUGAGAUGCCGGAGAUCAUGGAUAGCUUCAAGAAGUUCAACGACGAGUUCAUGACUCAGUAUGAUAAUAACUUUGGUUAUUCGAAAAUGUGAUUACUUCUUCUUCUGAACGACUAUUGUGUUCUGCUACACUCUUUAAAGCUAAAUCUCUGUAGUACACUCUUUCUCUUUGCCCUAUUCUAUAAACCAUAUCUCUCUCUUUGUGUCUCUUUUUUUUGGGUGUAAACUCUCUCUUGUGUCUCUAUUUCUAUUUUCAAUUGGAAACUGAUUAAGAUCUUUUCUCAAUGAAAUGAAGUUUAGGCCAUAGAUUAUUUUUUUUAAUCAACGGUGAUAGCCUUUUUUUAGUGUGGCAAUGUGAAAUUUGUAAUUAUGCUAAUUAUAUUAAAGAAAAUAAUAAUAAUCCAUGUCCUAGUUUGUUUUUGAUUAUG